CAUCAGACCCGGCCCGAGCGCCUCCGAGGACGCGGACUGGGACCCACACGGGCACAGGGGCUGCGCCGGAGGUUCCUCUCGCGGGCGGGGGCUGCGCGACCAUGGCGGACAAGGAAGGCGGCGGCGGCGACACGGGUCCCCGAGAAACAGCCCCCACGUCUGCAUAUUCGUCUCCAGCCCGGAGUCUGGGGGACACAGGGAUAACACCGCUGUCUCCUUCCCAUAUCGCGAAUGAUGCUGACCCGAACGUCUCGGAGCAGCAGACGUUUCUGGUGGUGGUGGCCAUUGACUUCGGAACCACGUCCAGCGGCUAUGCCUACAGCUUCACCAAGGAGCCAGAAUGUAUCCACGUGAUGAGGCGAUGGGAAGGGGGCGACCCUGGAGUGUCCAACCAGAAGACUCCGACCACCAUCUUGUUGACUCCCGAGAGGAAGUUCCACAGCUUCGGGUAUGCCGCCAGGGACUUCUACCACGACCUGGAUCCCAACGAGGCCAAGCAGUGGCUGUACCUGGAGAAGUUCAAGAUGAAGCUGCAUACCACUGGGGACCUCAACAUGGAUACAGACCUAACGGCAGCAAACGGCAAGAAAGUCAAAGCCCUUGAAAUCUUCGCGUACGCCCUACAGUACUUCAAGGAGCAGGCGCUGAAGGAGCUGAGUGACCAGGCGGGGUCGGAGUUUGAGAACUCUGACGUCAGAUGGGUCAUCACGGUGCCUGCCAUUUGGAAACAGCCCGCCAAGCAGUUCAUGAGACAAGCUGCCUAUCAGGCAGGCCUGGCCUCCCCGGAGAACGCGGAGCAGCUCAUCAUCGCCCUGGAGCCCGAGGCCGCCUCCAUCUACUGCCGGAAGCUGCGGCUGCACCAGAUGAUCGAGCUGAGCAGCAAGGCCGCGGUCAACGGGUACAGCUCCGGCGACACAGUGGGAGCUGGGUUUGCACAGGCUAAGGAACACAUACGGCGUAAUCGGCAGAGUCGGACCUUUUUGGUGGAGAAUGUCAUAGGAGAAAUCUGGUCGGAGCUAGAGGAAGGCGACAAGUAUGUGGUCGUGGACAGUGGCGGGGGCACCGUAGACCUGACCGUCCAUCAGAUACGGUUACCGGAGGGACACCUGAAAGAACUGUAUAAAGCAACAGGUGGACCCUAUGGAUCCUUAGGAGUAGAUUAUGAAUUUGAAAAACUUCUGUGUAAAAUAUUCGGAGAGGAUUUUAUCGAACAAUUCAAAAUCAAGCGUCCGGCGGCCUGGGUUGACCUAAUGAUUGCAUUUGAGUCUCGUAAAAGGGCAGCUGCCCCAGACCGAACUAACCCACUAAACAUCACCCUGCCCUUCUCCUUCAUCGACUACUACAAGAAGUUCCGAGGGCACAGCGUGGAGCACGCCUUGAGGAAGAGCAAUGUGGAUUUUGUGAAGUGGUCCUCACAAGGGAUGCUGAGGAUGAGUCCAGAUGCCAUGAAUGCUCUUUUUAAGCCAACCAUUGACAGCAUCAUUGAACAUCUCCGGGACCUGUUUCAGAAGCCAGAGGUGUCCACGGUCAAGUUCCUCUUCCUGGUGGGAGGCUUUGCCGAGGCGCCCCUCCUGCAGCAGGCGGUGCAGGCCGCCUUCGGCGACAAGUGCCGCAUCAUCAUCCCCCAGGACGUGGGCCUCACCAUCCUCAAGGGCGCCGUCCUCUUUGGCCUGGACCCCGCCGUCAUCAAGGUGCGCCGGUCGCCACUCACCUACGGGGUGGGCGUGCUGAACCGCUACGUGGAGGGCAAGCACCCGCCCGAGAAGCUGCUGGUGAAGGACGGCACUCGCUGGUGCACCGACGUCUUCGAUAAGUUCAUCUCCGCCGACCAGUCGGUGGCCCUGGGGGAGCUGGUCAAGCGGAGCUACACCCCGGCCAAGCCCUCGCAGCUGGUCAUCGUCAUCAACAUCUAUAGCUCCGAGCACGACGACGUGAGCUUCAUCACCGACCCGGGGGUGAAGAAGUGCGGCACCCUCCGCCUGGAUCUCACGGGGACCAGCGGCGCCGCCGUGCCCGCCCGGAGGGAGAUCCAGACCCUCAUGCAGUUCGGGGACACAGAGAUCAAGGCCACGGCCGUGGAUAUAGCCACCUCGAAGAGCGUCAAGGUUGGGAUUGACUUCUUAAAUUACUAACAGGUCCGCCCCACCCCGCUGCCUGCCCUCCCUGGGACUCCGUUCCCCUGCAUCCGCUGACCUCAACCCUGACUGUUCUUUCUCUGUCCUUGACCCUCAGCAUUGCCCACCUGAAUUUCAGCAGGGAAGAUGGGAACCACGAGGGCUAAAAAAUGAUUAGGGAUUUUUGAGGGCACACUGGAGUCAGAAAAAGCUGUCGGAAAUGGAGCUUGAGGUUUGGGAAUAAGAAUUCUGAGGAUCCUGGAGGAGCAGCUGGUUUCCACACGUACCCAGUGGUGAAACAGCCGCCCGACGCAGGGGUUCGGCCCGUUUCUGUAGCAGUCACUCAGCUUGCUUUGAACGGAUCUCUGUUAGGGUGCCCUCGUCUAUUUGAGACUUUCUACGUUUUUUGGAUGGCAGUCAGUAUAAAAUGCUGUCCAUCUGCAGUUCAUUUCUUUUUGUCCUCCCGUGAUGGAAAGCGAGGAUUUAGUGGGAGCUGGGAGCCUGCUCACCCGGCGGCAGAGGCCUGCCCACGCUGGGCACUAUUUUAGAUUCUCAUAAUUUCCAUUCUGAAUAGGUUCAGGGAGGAGUUCAAUAUCGCCUGAGCUCAUCUACGAGGAUUCGAGUGAGUGGGAGAGUUGACGCCUUCCCUUUUCGGCAGGGGAACGCUUGCUUGGAGGGAAAAGGUAUUUAGGUGCUGCUGAUUUAUCCCAGAUCAUCUGCUGUGGCAUCGUUCCCCGAUGCUGGAUCCUGAUUUCUGAAUCCAUAAGUAAUUCAAGACAUCCUGGGAGGCUUCUGUGUGGGGGAGAAAUGGGCGUGCAGUUUGCCUUGUUCCCAUCCCCCAGCCCAGGAAUCUGCAACAGCCCCUCACCUUGACAAGGGUCCAUAUUUUAAAUUACGUCCCCCCUCACCCUCAUCUCCCAAGGAGUUUUAGCCCUACAGUACCACAUUUCAAAAAGAAUACACUGGUGAUACAUGGGUAGAGAGUCUGUACUAUGAAAGGUCCAUCUAAAAUCUUCAUUUUUUUAAAGCUUAACUAAAAGGAAUUCAUAGUCUAUACAUGAUAAAUUCAGCCAGGUCUUUCCAAAGCUGAUCUGUGGGCCCCCCUCGUGAGAACUGCCUGAGUGCCUCUUAAAAGCAGGUUUCUGGAUCCUAUUCCUUUUACAAAUUGAAGUCAAGUCUUGGGGAGCUGGGCGGGGGGGCAGGAUUUGCAUGUUUAGUAGACACCACAGAGGACCGUGGGUCCAUGGGAAUCUGAGAACGCCUAACUUGAGGUUUUGUUGGAAGCCGAAGCGGACACCAGCGCCUGCAGUCUCCCCCCUUGGGGAGAGGAUUUCCAAGUGAAGAGCGGGGGAUCCGUGCCCUGCCCUUUGUGAGUGGGGUUGGGGCUCCACGUGGCUUGGGGGUGGUUCUUUUCACCCUCACGCCUGGGCCUGUGAAGGAGGAAGGUUGGAAGGGACCCUAAGAACGAGCUGGGGAACCAGCUGGUGUGUCUGCGGGAGCUCACUCCGCGAUUUGAAAUCCCUGGAGGCAUGCAUAAUGAAGGGAGGGAGGAUACCUAAGGCGCUGGCUUGGAAGGCAAGCUGGAUUCGCAAAUCCAUUACCAUGGCCGGUAAGCAGAUUCCAAAUAGCAUUUCCAGUUUCAUUUGAACUUGCCUUUCCACACCGCCUGCUGCAGAAUUCCCUGCUAGAAUGUGAAACAUGAACAAGCCACUGACCUAGAGGAUGCUAGUCCCGUCCUUUCACUCCGUAGCGGGGAUUGCACGUCUGGGCACACAGGUGUGUUUGCUGGGGUUCUCUUGCUGCCUGCUCUGCUUCAAAAGCUAAAUGUUCUGGGUCUUUCUUUAGUGUUGCCAGCCAUACUCUGGCAAAUAAGACUUCUCAAGUUAGUUAUAAGUAAUAUAAUUUUAUGUACAUAUGAUAUUAGAAUAUUGUACAGAAUCUUUAUUUCUACAAUGUGCUUUUCUUGUUAAAAAAAAAAAAAGGGAGAAAUGCUCUUUGAAUUUUGUUGAUGACAUUGCUGCCUUUCUUUUCCCAUGGCUUCAUUUUUUUAAUUGCACUUACUUACCGAUUUGCACCUGAUACUAAGCUUAUGGACUAUGUAUGCGGGACCGAGCCAGAGUCAGAGGUGCCGAGGCUCCGAAUACUCUGGAAAAAGAAAAGGGGGACACCAGCGGGAUCAACAGCUUCGUCAGACCUUGCUUCCCUCACAUCCUUCCCAAAGGCUCACAGUUUAUAUUGAAAGGAGCAUAAUCAUGUAUUGAUUUUCCCCUCCAGUCUUUGAAAGCUGAGCAUGCUGGUCCUAUGCGCCACGUGACUGUGCAGGACAAUAUAUGAAAACUCUGUGCAUCCCUGCAGAGGGGUCAACUUCUUCUCAUGGGGCAGAGCAGUUGCUCUGACGGUCCGGUGUGGUCUCCAUGUGCAGGGCCGUCAGUCCAACAGGGUUCGAGGACGGGAUGGAGAGGUGCACAAAUCCAGACGUUCCACUCAAUUAAGUGUACGUAUAAGUAAUUUAGUGAAGUCUUUUUUUUUUUUUGGCUAAUGUAAGACCUUUCCCACCUUGCACUGAGGAUAUCUCUUUGUCUAAUUUCUCUUUAGCGAGUUGGUUGAAUUCUGCACAUGGCAAGCAGGUGUUGGAGGGGGUGAUAACUUCACUGCACUUUGUUCUGGCCCCAGAAAUGCAGCCCCGAUAGUCAGUCUUCUUAAAGGGACUCCCGAAAUCCAUCCCUCCUCUUCUUCCUGCCCACGGAAAUAUUCUAGAAUGAGAACACUGGAUAAAUACACGCGGACGCAUUUUCUGAUCUUAGAAAGUUCCUAAAAGGCCUGUGGUCUUGACCAUUUCUCAGCAGUCCUUGACAUAUUAUCUGAGGUUCGUGUUUUCGCAGCAGAACUUUGGAAGGAUUGCCUUUCUAAAUGCCCUCUGUACACAGCAGGCAGUAGUAAAUGCUGAAUGCCAGACAAGUCACAGACAAGAUAGGAAAGAGAAGACGACACACAGGCACUCGCCCAGAGUCGGAGAUUGAGUCCAGAUUGAGUCUGGACUAAGCUUGAGUCCAGAUUGCAGAGCCUGCCCGCCCCCUAGGAUGUUAUUUAGAUCAAGUUUAGCUUUUAGAGUCUAGGUCUGGUUAAUUGCCAGGGUGGCAAAGAGUCGCAUGCGUCCAUAUAAACAGGAGUGCACUAUUAGUCGAAGAUCGAAUUUCACAUUGUAGAGUUGAAGUAGCUGUAAGCUGCGUAUUUAUGCUGAGAAAUGACUAAGUGGAUGACUCGUAUAAAAGUUGUCCACUAUGUCACACCUCUCAUCUGCUUGGAACAUGGAACUUUAUUCUAAAAUAUCAGCCAUUGGGGUCUUGUUCACUGCAAGAUGAAUUCACUCUCCACGGAACUUUGCAACUGUUCAUGACGUGACGAGAUUGUACUGCAAGCUCUGUCUUCACAGAUGUCUAAUAAAGCAAAACUCUGGA